AUGCAGGAUCAGCUCGUGUGUCAUGGUUGUAGAAAUACAUUGAUGUAUCCUAGAGGAGCAACAAAUGUGUGUUGUUCGUUAUGUAAUACCAUCAAUGUUCCUCCUCCUCCUCACGUAAUGGACAUGGCUCACAUUGUAUGUGGUGGUUGUCGAACGAUGCUUAUGUAUACGCGUGGGGCAACUAGCGUAAGAUGCGCUUGCUGUCAGACUUUGAACCUUGUACCAGAGCAUUGUUCAAUUGAGAUGAGCAAUGGAAGGGUGCCUAUCCCAACUAGCCGGCCAAAUGGUGCAGCCUGUCCCGUGACAAUGCCCUCUACAUCGACUUCAACACCACCGUCUCAAACCCAAACCGUUGUUGUAGAAAACCCCAUGUCCGUUGAUGAAAGUGGAAAGCUGGUGAGUAACGUCGUGGUUGGAGUGACUACCGAUAAAAAAUAA